AUGGCGAUUUCCAAGCUGCGCGUCUGGAUGCUAGCGCUGAGCUUAGCCGCGUCAGGAAGGACCUUUCUGCAAUUCUGGAGCUCCUCUGGAGCAACUCCCGGACGGUUGGGGAGCCGUCGAGCAAGGAGGAGCUUGCCUGAGGACUCCGCCGAGAUUUCUAAUUGUUUCUUGAUCAGCACAGAUUGCGCAAAUGAGCGGCGGAGCAAUGCCAUCGCAGCUUUGGAAACUGUUUGCAAUCCACGGGUCCGCCUAUUCAAGCGUGAUGUGACCGAUGGUGCCCGCGGUUGCUACUUCUCUCAUCUUGCGGUUUACGAGGAGAUCACUUCUGAAGGUAUGCCCUGGGCUGUGAUUUUUGAAGACAAUGUCCUGGUUCUCUCAGCUUCCGACCUAAAGACCAUGCUUGAUGCGUUAGAUGGGUGGGCGAGUAGAUCUUCCUGGAAGAUUCUGCACCUGAGCCUGGUGCAUUCAGCCGCCUCGCUGAAGCUGCUGAAGCUUCGAAAAGAGGCGAAGGUGCCGGGGCCGGGGGUCGUCAGGGUCGAGCGCACGGCACCUGAUUGGUACGGUCCCGUGAAGAUCGAACGUGCUCCCGGCCUUGGCACCACGGCUUACGUCAUCUCAAGAGAAGCGGCAAAAGACGUUCUGCGAAGACAUGCCGAGACCGGCUAUGUGCAGCCCAUUGAUGACUUGCUCGCCGAUAUGUUUGGAGCCAGCGGCACAUUCGCUGCAUUUCCCGCUCCAGUGCAUCGCGGAAGGGUUGUGAGCCUCAUCAAUCCGGACCAGGAGCUUUUUCGCUCAGUGAUGUACGACCCUCGUGUUUUCAAAAACUUGGAAUGGACACUGGUUCAGACGGGCUUAUCGAGCAGCCAACUUGUUUGGGCAUUUCUUUCUGCCAUGGCGGUGCCUGGCGAACAGAUAGAGCUGGAUGCGCGACACUUCCGGGAGCUGGCCAUGGCCUUUGCCACUGGCGGUGCCUGCCUGAUGGUUGUCUUCAUGGCGCUGCGGGGCGGGACUUCUUGGGGCCAGGACCGGCGUUGCUGGACGUGCCUUGAAGCCUGA